AUGUAUGUUUUGAAUGAUGAGUGUGCAUAAAUUGAUAUUUGCAAUUUUAAAACGAGGAAUUUUGAUUCCGUUUUUGGCAUUAAUAAAUUAAUUAUGAGAACUCUUGUUGCCCUUUGCUUAGUGGCUGCCGUCUUUGCUAUUGACACAAACAAAUUUGCUGUGCUCCUCCAAACUGGUACUAGAGGAAAUGAUGCUGUUGAAUCAGUUUACAACCUCUUGAGAGAUUUGAAGACAGAAAAUGUUAAUGUCUAAGCUGCUGCCGACAAAAAGAAUAACACUGAUGAAGAAAUCUUUUCUUAGGUCAUUGGUGACUUGACAAAUGUUGCCUCCCUCAACAAAUAACAAUGGGAAAGAUUAGGUGCCGUUCGUACUGAUGUUGAAGCCCAAGUCAGAGAUGGAUAUUCAUGGUUGGCAUGGGCCGAAGCAAGACUUGCUGAAAUCGAAAGAAGAAAUGCUUAACUUUAAGACUAAAGAUGUUGGGCCAAUGGACUCUUUUGUCAAAUCAUUGGCUGA